AUGGCUAAUACGGCUCACCUGAUGCGCAGGCAGAGCUCCCGCGACCUGAAGCCUCAGAAGAGCGUGGACAAGCUGGAGAUGAAGGAGAUGCGAGGCAGACUCGUCGUCGAGAGUCGCAUGAGCAACGUCACUGCCAAUUACGGGACUACCAACGCCGGCUUCGAGGACUCCAGUCCCAAUGCCAAGGAUCUGGAGCUGGUGGCGACCGGCGGCGGGGGCAGUAAACUUGGCAGCGGGGAAGGCAAGGGAAUAUUCAAACCGGAGGCCGGGGAGGAUGAAAGGGAGAACUGGGACAGUAAGCUGACCUUCCUCCUUGCGACCGUCGGCUACGCGGUUGGACUCGGCAACGUUUGGCGCUUUCCUUAUCUCGCUCAGAAGAAUGGCGGCGGUGCUUUUCUGAUACCAUAUUUCGUGAUGCUUGCGAUCGAAGGAAUUCCUAUAUUUUAUCUCGAACUCGCUAUUGGGCAGAGGUUACGCAAAGGUGCAAUUGGCGUUUGGAAUCAGGUCUCUCCGUACAUGGCUGGGAUUGGUGUAAGCAGCGCUGUUGUAUCAUUUAACGUGGCUCUCUACUAUAAUACCAUUAUCGCCUGGUGCCUAUUCUAUUUUGUUCAGAGUUUUCAGUCCGAGCUACCAUGGGCACACUGUCCUAAUAAAUAUUUUCAAAAUAAUUCUUACACGCCCGAGGCAGAAUGUUUGCAAAGUAGUCCAACGCAAUAUUUCUGGUAUCGGACAACUUUAAUGGUUUCCAAGGAUAUAAACACACCGGAUGUCUUCAAUUGGAAAAUCGCGCUGGCGCUGGUCGUCGCGUGGAUCCUCGUCUACAUGUGCAUGAUUAAAGGAAUCGCCUCAUCUGGGAAGGUCGUAUACGUCACAGCCACAUUUCCCUACCGGAUCUUUUUCUUCCGGGGCGUAACGUUGCCCGGAAUGUCUGACGGCCUGCGCCACCUUUUUACACCAAAGUGGUACACACUGACGGAUCCGGUGGUUUGGUUGGAGGCCGGCACGCAAAUAUUUUUCUCCCUCGGAUUGGCAUUCGGUGGCCUGAUCGCCUUCUCAUCUUACAACCCCGUUAACAACAAUUGCUAUCGCGACGCUAUCAUGGUCAGCCUCACGAACUGCUUCACUUCAAUGUUCGCGGGCAUUGUCGUUUUCUCCAUUAUCGGUUUCAAGGCCACGAUGGUGUACGAGCAUUGCCUCGCCGAGAGAAAUGCAACGUUAAUUAAUAUUUUUGGUAGCCCCGGAAAGAUCCCGCAUAAUCUACCAAUCAGCGGUUCGCUACUCAAUUUCACUAAUGCAAACAUGAGCCUCGAAAAUCUAUUUAUGCCCGAACUUCCCGAAUGCGAUUUGCAGAAGGAGCUUGAUAAUUCGGCGUCGGGUACCGGAUUGGCCUUUAUAAUCUUCACAGAGGCGAUCAACCAAUUUCCAGGCGCUCAAUUUUGGUCGGUACUCUUCUUUCUCAUGCUCUUCACGCUGGGAAUUGACUCGCAAUUUGGUACUCUAGAGGGCGUCGUCACGAGCAUCGUUGACAUGAAGCUCUUUCCGAACCUCCGUAAGGAGAUACUUACCGGUGGCAUUUGUCUAGUCUGUUGCACUAUCUCAAUGGCAUUUGCUCAUGGUGCAGGAAGUUAUGUUUUCGUUUUGUUCGAUAACUUUAGCGGUAACUUUCCGUUACUCAUCAUUGCAUUUUUUGAAUGCAUCGGCGUCUCUUAUGUCUAUGGUAUAAAAAGGUUCGCCGAUGACAUCGAGCUAAUGACGGGAAACCGUCCCGGCCUCUAUUGGCUCAUCUGUUGGAAAUACUUGAGUCCUCUGGCAAUGCUGAGUAUCCUCGUGGCAUCGUUCGUCGAGAUUGUCGUCGAGGGCAGCGGAUAUCAAGCGUGGGUGGCAAGUAAGGGCGUUACCGAGCGCCAAGAAUGGCCGGUCUGGGCCCUCGUCCUCAUCUUCAUGCUCAUACUCGCUUCGAUUCUCUGGAUUCCUGUUGUGGCCAUCUGCAGAUAUUUCAACAUUUUAAUAAUCGACGACAACGAAAAAGCUUGGUUCCCAGCAGCCGACCUUAAGGAAUUCCAUGGCAUAAUGCCACACGAGGUCACUGUCGCGGAGACUUUGCUUUUCUGUAUUCGUACCGACGGAUCCGAGGGUUUAUGCUGUCCGACUGGUGGACCCGACGACGAUGACGACGAAGAUCUAGAUCUAACCUAAA